GAUCUACUAAGAGUGUUGUGUAGUUUUCUAUGUGGGUUUUUUUUCCCAACAGAUAUUUUUCCACGGUAUUUACCAAUUUAUCCGUCCUGGAAACAUCUGACACGGAAAUUCCGAGAUGUGAGAAAGGGCUUACAAGGCCAUCCUUUAUAUUUCUCAUGGCUUUUGAAUCCACCUCUUUCUUUCCAAACAAUUGUGUAUGCAAAAAAAACACCUCCUGAAGGGGUUAACCAAUCAUGACAAUGGGCUUUAGAAUUGUCUGCGGUCUAUGGGGGGGAGGUGGAUGGUGUAAAAUUAACCAAAGUAAACACAGACCAUGGACUUUUAGGUGAUGCAGGUCUCCUACACAGAGAGAAGAAGCAGGCAGAACGUAAAUCUCAAUGGAUUGUAGCAUUUUUGUCGUAUGUUUGCUCUUAAGCUCCAUUUUGGGGAAGGCGUCUUCAUGCUUUUGUGAACAUUAUCCCUGGGCCUCUUGGUCAAGUUGCUCUAAAACAUGUGAACAUGGAACUCAGAGCAGAGCUCGGAAUAUUGUCUAUGAUGAACACUACCGAAAAAACAACUGUGACCGGCUUUGUACAAAAUAUGAGAGUCGAUCUUGCAAUGAACAGUCCUGUCCAAUAAACUGUCAGCUGGGAGACUUCGGGCCCUGGUCCGACUGUGAUCCGUGUCUGAAGAAGCAGUUCCGGGUUCGAUCAUUGGAACGUCCAUCUCAGUUUGGAGGGCAGAGCUGUGCAGGGCAGUUGUCAGAAUCCCGGCCUUGUGUCCCAACAAAACUGUGUAACAUAGAACAAGCAGACUGCACUAAAAAGUUCCAGUGUGACACAGGUCGCUGCAUUGACCCAAAGCUAAAGUGUAAUGGAGACAAUGACUGUGGAGACAACUCAGAUGAAAGAGGCUGUAGGAAGAAGAUAGAGCCCAAAAGGAGCUUUGAGAACAUCCCGGGGGUGCAGCUGAUGGGAAAUGGGUAUAACUACCUGUCUGGGGAGAUGGGAGGUGAGGUCCUCGAUAACUCGUUUUUUGGAGGAAGGCAAGAAACAGUUUCUGGUAAUGGAACAGGACCAAACCGGAAGUUAUAUCGGCUGUCCGCCAACUUGGAAAACAUCACAUUUCAGAUGAAAGAUGAAGCAGAUGACGUGUCGUCUAAAUUCUACGAUAGUCUUAUCAAUUUUGCCAAUUCCAAUAACCGAUUUGGAUCUCAUCGGGGAGGCAGCGGUCUAGCUAUUGUAAUCCCUAUAUUAUUCUUCUUUGAUACAAAAUCUGUAAGCCAUGGUUCAUCAUCCUUUAAGGAAGCCUUACAAGCCUCUCAUAAAAAGAAUUCUAACUUCAUUCGGAUCAAUAAAGUGAUCUCGGUGUCAGAAUUCAGAAUGAAGACGGACAAUCUCUGGCUCUCAGAUGUCUUCCUGCAGGCUCUGAAUCAUCUGCCCUUGGAAUACAACUAUCCGCUCUAUAGCAGAAUAUUUGAUGAUUUUGGUACCCAUUACAUCACAGCAGGCACCAUGGGUGGAUCGUAUGACCUUCUCUACCAGUAUAGUGCUGAGGAGCUAAAGACAUCAGGUAUGACAUCUGAGGAAUCAACGGAAUGUUCCAGAUCAGAAACAACUGUGUGGAUUCUUUUUAUUCCCAUAAAAUCAGAGAAACACAUAUGCAGAACCAACAAAAUGAGCGAGAAAUAUGAAGGUUCUUUUCUACAAUCGUCAGAAAAAUCAAUAUCGUUUGUAAAGGGCGGCAGGGCGGAAUAUGCUGCUAAACUAGCCUGGCAGAAGAAGGGAUCCUUGCCGGGACAUGAUGUGUAUGGAAACUGGAAAGCAUCGACAGUGGAUAACCCCGUGCUGGUUAAUUUUGAGGCAAAGCCCAUUGUGGAUCUGGUGACCGGGAUCCCUUGUGCGGUGACAAAACGACGCAACCUCCUGAAAGCAUUUGAUGAGUAUUUAGGAAAGUUUGACCCUUGCCGGUGCUCGCCGUGCCCUAAUAAUGCCAGGACCAUAUUGGUGGACACCGAGUGUCACUGCGUCUGCCAGCCUGGGACUUACGGAGAAAGUUGUGAGAAACGGGCCCCAGAUUACAAUUCAGUUGUGGUUGAUGGGUCCUGGAGCUGCUGGUCUGCCUGGAGCUCAUGUGACGCCUUCUCAAAUAGGAAGAGAACAAGGGUGUGUAACAAUCCUGCGCCCCGUAAUGGGGGCAAAGCAUGCGAGGGUCCACAGACCGAAGAAGAUUACUGCUACAUCUCUCUCUUUAAAGACAAAGGAGCACUCUGUAUUAAUGAAAAUGAAGACAAGAAAGAAGUUGAUCAGAAACAGCCGAAUCCUGACAGUGGAUGUUCAAAACCACAGCCCCCAGAACAUGGACUAUUUGUGAAUGACAAGAUUUGGUAUUCUGUGGCUGAGGAGAUAGAAGUCGACUGCUUUUCUGGCUAUGAACUUUCUGGGUUUCAGUUUUUAAGAUGUCUUCCAGAUGGAACUUGGAAACAAGAGCAUGUGGAGUGUGUCAGGACAACCUGCCCCAGACCAUCAACAACUGAUGAUGUGACCAUAUUCCCUUUCAAGUCAGAAUAUAAAGUCGGAGAAGUGAUUCGGCUAAGUUGUCCGUCCGGAUUUACAGUCACUGGGGGAAAUCGCUACACGUGCGGAAGUGACUAUGAGUGGAGUCCAGAUGUCCAGGGGGAACUUAGCUGUGAAAAAGUACAACAAAAAAAGUCUCAAGGGAACUGCGGCCCAGGAGAAAAGCAAGUGGGUUCUCAAUGUGUCUGCAUGUCACCAGAUGAGGAUUGUGGGCACCAUACAGAAGAUCUUUGCGCCUAUGAUGAAGGGAUUGAUAACUUUGUCACAAUGUCCCAGUGUCACUUUUUGGCUGAGCGCUGCCAGGGAACAAAACAGCUUCAAUUCCUAAACGAUGGCGCCUGCAAAGACGUCAACCUGAACUGGGCGCGAGACCGGAAAUCUCUGUCAACAAGCAGCACAAAGAGGGAACCUUGUGGAUAUGACUUCUGCUAUGACUGGGAGCGAUGCACAGAUUCUCAGUGUUUUUGCCUUCUCCCGAAUCAGUGCCCGGAGAACAACAAACAACUGUUCUGCAUCAAGACAAGAUCCACCGGCAAAGAGAGAACCGUCAACCUCUGCUCAUUGGGAGCCAUAAAAUGCACAAAGCUGAAGGCUGAAAUAUUGCACGAUGGCGCAUGUGCCCAGUAAUAUUCCUAUAUACACAGUCACAAAAAUAAAAAUAUAUAGUUAGUACUAAAGAGACAAAGACUUUCAUCUUUAAGAUC